UUGGAAAGUCCAUGGUUUGGAGACUAGAGACUGGAGAGUAGAGACAAGGAAGAAGAUGCUGUAGAGAGGAAGACAAAAGGCUCAACUCAUGCUAAAUCCUUGAAAAUAUUCGGUAUCUUUGAAUGAAAUGGACUUUGAUUAUUGGAUUUUUUAUGUUAAUCACUUUCAUUGGCUACAUUAACUUUGUGACCAUCGAAAUAUUGUCUCAAGCCUUGGAAGUUCCGGGGGAAAACGUUUAACCUGAUCAAAAUGGUCCAAACCCAUCUUCAUCCUUAUUGUUUCUCUUCUCCCAGAGCUGUGAUCUUCCUCAGUAAUGGCUAAACAUUCUCAUGUCCCAAAAUUUGGCAACUGGGAGAAAGAUAAUAUCCCAUACACAACCUACUUCGAGAAUGCACGCAAAGAGAAAGCAGGCAUGAGGAUGAACCCAAAUGAUCCAGAGGAGAAUCCUGAGGCGUUUAUGUAUGGGAGAGGAGACCUGGAAGGUGAUGGUGAUUCCCGACCAGUUCAGACGCCUGUCUAUGUUGAUUCUGAUAAGUACAUUUCAGUAGAAAAACACAAUAUUUCGGGGCACAAUCCUCAAGGGAGACAGAAGAGCGUCAGGUCAGAAUCUGGUAACGAUAAAAGCCAUUCUGAUUAUUCACAUCCGCAGCCUGGUCACAGACCUUUAAAAUCUGAUCGAAAGAAGGGUCCCGGCGAAGGAAGUAACAGCUUCUCUCCACCAGUACAAGGACACACCAGGCAGAGAAGUGGAAGUUAUCCUUCUGAUGAAACUCGGCAUCAUAGAACAGCAUCUGUACCCAAAUUUGGGGCUUGGGAUGAAACUGACCCGAAAUCGGGUGAAGGUUUUACUGUCAUAUUCAACAAAGUGAAGGAGGAGAAGCAAAAGGCAUCUACCACGUUCCCAACUGUGCCUUCACAAGCAGGCAGUCAUUCAGAUGGUCAGAGAAAUACUGCAGCUUCUCCCUCCAAAUCAAAGAUAUGCUGCUGUCUAUUUUCGCGCAAAUGAUUUACUUGGUUGAUCGGCAAAUUCAUACAUGGCAUCCAUUUUUCUCAUCAUGUAUUGCAUACAAUCGAUUAAGAUAUUAUUCUUUACA